UGGUGAAAGUCGGUCAGACAGCUCCGCUGUGUGGCCACACGAUGUUACUGCAGCAGCCGGAGCGUUUACAGCUGCUAGGCAACAGUCCCAGUCACUGUGAACUCACUUGUAGCGGACUCACUUCACUUCAGGACCUAAACAUGGAGAAAUCUGGAAAGGAAAUGAAAGAUUUGGUUAAAGAAAAUGCCAUUCACAUCGAAACAAUAAAGAAGGAGCGCAGGCACCAAACACUGUUCACGGAGUUCAGCCUGAAUCCACGCACGAAACUCCAUGUCCUGCCUGAUAAACCCAUGUCCAGGAAACCCCCGGAGGUGGUCACAGAGAACGCUGAUUUUAUCAAAGCUUUUCAUAAGGCUCGAGAGGAACCCACCAAAAAAUACAGCAUGCCACAGACAGAGAGCCAGGAGAUGGGCUGGGUCUCUACUCCUCUGAUAAUUGUGGACCGCACUGACCGAAGAUUUAACUUUAAUCGACUGAGCACAGAUGUCACCAUUCACAAGGAGCUGGCUCUUCGAAAAGGAGCUUAA